AUGAAGGGCUCCAUCCCCAUCACCGAGUUUUCUGGGCACCAGGGUCUAAGGCAGGAAGUGGAGAUUGCUCUUUACAAGGAACGGGAAGUGAGAGUUGGUCCUGAUUUCCACGCAGGGAUUUCUGCUUUGGAGGAGAUGGCAGCCCUCACAGCCACUGUUCACCUUGUGAUCCUAACUGCAUGUCUACUGCAGCAGCAAAUGGGCCCAGGGACACCUACUCCUUUGCAGGUGACUGGCCUGGAACAGCAACCCACAUCGUGUCUGGGCAUUUUAGACAUGGCUUACAAUGCAUUUGAUGACCAGUAUGAAGGCUGUACCCAACAAAUGGACAACAUCGCACCCCAGCUGUUGGAAGAAGAACUGAAAAUGAAUCAAAAAUUUCAAGAAGAAUGGAAAAAUGCAGAGAAACACUGGAAGGAAAUAAAGAACACCCAAGAGAUCAAAGAGAUGAUUCCAAAAUCAUUCCGGGAUGCCUAUGGAAUAGCCCUAGUGGCCUAUACUGGGGAGAUUGCAGUAGACUUUAACAAAGCUGUCAGAGAAUUCGGGCAAAAUCCAAAGAGCUUUCACUUCAAAGCCUUCCAUUAUUAUUUGACAAGAGCUCUUCAGCUUCUUAGUAGAGGGAAGUGUUACAAGGUUUAUAGGGGUUGUCCCAUCAAGUUUCAGUACUCCGGGAGCAGUACUGUGCGUCUUGGGCAAUUCACCUCAACAUCUUUGAGUAAGGAAAUAGCUCUACAAUUUAGUGGGCCUUCUGGGACACUGUUUAUCAUUGAAACUUGCUUGGGUGUGUAUAUUGAAGCUUUUUCUAAGUAUAGAAAUGAAAAGGAAGUACUGCUUCCAGGAUACGAGGUGUAUCAGAAAGUUACUAAAAACCAUAAUAAUUUUUUUCUUGGAAAUCCAAAAAAGGGGAAGAGUACCUACAAUUGUUUUCAUGUUUCCUCUGGCAGCAGCUCAGCUACAGGAAUCCGGGGAAGCUCCAAGGUCCUGCUGCUUCUUCCAGGCUUCCUCCUGACGCUGCUGCUCCUGCAGAACUGUGACCUUUCUGUCGGAGCCUGA